AGGGCCACGCGGGGACCUGUAGGUGGCGAGAACAAAGACGAGGUGCAGCCGCGUCAGGGCGUGUGCGUCGGGGCGGGGCCUCGGGCUGCGUCCCGCGGCGGGGCGUGGACUGUUCAGCCCAAUCCCCUUGGUGCCGAGCCACCCGCCGAGGCACCCAUGGCCCGGCCGCGCGUGCGGCUGGUCGUCACCGCGGACGACUUUGGUUACUGCCCGCGGCGCGAUGAGGGCAUCGUAGAGGCCUUCCUGGCGGGGGCUGUGACCAGCGUGUCCCUGCUGGUCAACGGCGCGGCCGCGGAGAGCGCGGCGGAGCUGGCCCGCAGGCACCACAUCCCCACGGGCCUCCACGCCAACCUGUCCGAGGGCCGCCCGGUGGGCCCAGCCCGCCACGGCACCUCGUCGCUGCUCAGCCCCGAAGGCUUCUUCCUCGGCAAGAUGGGGUUCCGGGAGGCAGUGGCGGCCGGAGACGUGGACAUGCCCCAGGUGCGGGAAGAGCUGGAGGCCCAGCUGAGCCGCUUCCGGGAAUUACUGGGCAGUGACCCCACUCACGUGGACGGGCACCAGCACGUCCACGUGCUCCCAGGCGUGUGCCAGGUGUUCGCCGAGGCGCUGCAGGUCUGCGGGGUGCGCUUCACACGGCUGCCGCUGGAGCGCGGCGUCGGCGGCUGCACCUGGCUCGAGGCCCCUGCUCGCGCCUUCGCCUGCGCGGUGGAGCGCGACGCUCGGGCCGCCGUGGGCCCCUUCUCCCGCCACGGCCUAAGGUGGACUGAUGCCUUCGUGGGCCUGAGCACCUGCGGCCGGCACAUGUCUGCUCACCGCGUGUCAGGGGCGCUGGCUCGGGUCCUAGAAGGUAUACCCACAGGCCACACGCUGACAGCCGAGCUGAUGGCCCACCCUGGCUACCCCAGUGUGCCUCCAACCGGGGGCUGCGGUGAGGGCCCCGACGCUUUUUCCUGCUCCUGGGAGCGGCUGCAUGAGCUGCGUGUCCUCACCACGCCCACACUGUGGGCUCGGCUUGCCCAGGAUGGCGUGCAGCUGUGCGCCCUCCUCGACCUAGACUCCAAGAGACCCGGGGAGGGCGUCCCUGGUGAAGCCACUCUGGAAACCUUCCUGGAGCCCUCCCCACCCUCACCCUGACAGCCAAGAACCUAAAGCCUGUCAGUGCUCAGAAAGGGGGCCACGAGUGAGCCGUGGCGCAGCCAGGAACCAGGCUCUAGAUGGGUUCUGUGACUUAUGUGGGGAGGAAACUACCACCUCCAUGCCCAGCUCCUCGUGGCUCAGAGUGGCAGCCCGAGCUUCAGCAAGCCCUCCUAGCUGCAGGUGGGCUGGCCGUGACAUCUGGGUCUGGGGGCUGCCAAGCAUUUGGUGCCCUUCACGACGUUGCCAUCUAAGCACCUUCCUUGUUUAGAUGUACUGGGGAGAGAUCACUGUAUAAUAAAAUAACGUGUGUCUUGUAAACCUGGGUAGUUUAUAAACUGUG